UGCGCGCGGGAGGAGGCGCCGGCGGAGGACGUUGAGCGCGCGAGAGGCUGUGGCUACUACGCGUGCGCAGGUGGCCGUGCCUCCGUGGUUGCUAGGUGACGGUGGCGGAGGAGCGGCGCGGGAGGGCGAGAGCCCGGUGCUGGCGGUGCUCCCCGCCCCGCUCCGAACCACCCGCCCCGUCUCCUUGGAGCGCUCGCUGGCUGUGUUCUUUAACUGUGUUUUGGAUGGGAUUUUCUUUUUCUUCAUUGCCAUCUAUAGAAAUUGAUGAAUUUUUUUAGUGUUAAGGCUCCAUCUUCUACCAGAUGUCUUUCUGCCUGACUGAGAUGUUCCUGUGGUCCUUGAAGACCAACUUACGUAUUAGAGAUGAAGAUAUUGGGAUCCACCAGUACUAUGACAAGAAAGAAUCAGCAUCACAGAUGAAGCAUGAUUACUUAGAAGAGAAGCAAAAGCCAGCAGAAUCUCGGGAUUAUCCUUGGAUACUGAAAAACAAGCGACCAGACAAACUGCGAGAUACACUCAAGGAGGUAGAGGACUUAAUGCAAAACAGUCAAUGUGUGCGGAGCAAAUGGAAGAACAAACGUAUCUGUCAGCUCCUCUUUCACUCAGGUAUAUUGGUGUCCCUAAGCCUUUCUGGGCCACAGCUGGAGAAAGUGGUGAUUGACAAGACCCUGGUGGGGAAGCUCAUCUCCGACACCAUCAGUGAUGCUGUUCUUACAGACAAUUUCAUCAUCUUGUCAUUUGAGGACCAUAACCAGCUCUGCUUUAUUCAGUUUUCAAAGAAGGUAGAUUCUCCUGAUGUAAACAAAAGACUGGAAAAACUCUCUUGUUUGGACUUCAAGAUUUCUUAUAUUGAUAUACCUGGACCAGAAGGUAGAAGGAUGAAACGUCACCUGUCAAUAAACAGUAUGCAAGAUACGGUCAUUUGCUGGUGGUCAGCAACUAGUGAUGGAGCAUGGCCUUGGUCUCCUAUUUCCUGUGAGAGGGACAGAGCCAACCUAUUGCUAUUAGGCUGUGCACAUGGCAAGUUGGAGGUUCGGAGUUAUGUCCGUACAGAAUGGGAUCCUCUUGAUGCUAGCUUCAGCACUAAUCAGCCUAAUCAGGUUUACACAGUAGAGCACUCCAUCUCCACAGACAAAGAGCCCAUGGCUGAUAGCUGCAUCUACAAGUGUGUUAGGAACAAAAUUCAGUGUGCAGCAAUCACCAGAAUACCACUACGAUCCAAGGCCAUCAGUUGUUGCAGAGACGUUACAGAAGACAAACUAGUCCUGGGUUGUGAAGAUUCAUCAAUAAUUCUGUAUGAAGCCUACAACCAAGUGACUCUGUUAGCCCAAGCAGAACUGUUUCCUGCUUUAAUAACCUACCACCCUUCUGGAGCCAUAUUCAUGGUUGGCAGCUCUCAAGGGGAGCUGCAACUUUUUGACACGGCACUGUCCCCAGUUAAAAUUCAGCUGUUAGCACAAGACUAUUCACCUGAGGCAACUCUGCAAUUCAGUAAGCACUUUGACGUGCCUAGCACCCUCAUCCAGAUCCAGUGGGCUGCUCCUCAAGUUGCAUCUCCCAGCACUGACAGUACAGAUAUUCAUGAUCUUCUGUUAGUUAGAUUUGACAAAGGACCCUUAGGAGUACUUCACUUUAAACUUGGUGUGAUCACAAGAGGACAGCUGGGCCUUGUAGAAAUCAUCCACCAGUACAUUCAUUAUGAUGAGAUACACAAGGCAGUUAAUGUCCUGAACAUGAUGAACUGGAACACGAUGGGUCGUCAGUGUUACAUAUGCCUGAGUGCCAUUGUCAAUCACCUUCUUAAACAAAAACUUACAGCAGACAGAGAAGCACAGCUUGAGGCAAGCCUUGGAACCUUUUAUGCUCCAACAAGACCCCUCUUGGAUACAACCGUGCUGGAGUACAGGGACCCAAUCAGCAGAUAUGCAAGAAGGUUCUUCCACCACCUGCUCAGGUAUCAGAGAUUUGAAAAAGCGUUUCUGCUGGCUGUUGACAUAGGUGCUCGGGACCUGUUUAUGGACAUCCAUUACCUUGCACUAGAUAAGGGUGAAUUGGCACUAGCUGAAGUGGCAAAGAAAAAGGCUAAUGACAUUGAUGCAGAAUCAAUAACUACUAGAAUUGUCAUCUUAACAGAACUUCUGGGGCAGUCAGACGAAGAAGACCCAUCUUGCGAAGCUUUCGUUGACCAAUCUUCAGAAUACAGAGGAGACCGCAAGCUACCUGCUCCUGGUCCAGCCAUCAGACAGCCAGUGCAGAGCUUCUGCCUCAGACCCACCAGCCACAGACAGGCAGAGGACACCGAGUGUAAGCCUGGAGUGCAUGGCUGCACCACCUCUCUGAUGGGGAAAUCCUUUUCCAGCAGCCAGGAAGCUUCCUGAAACUCCCCAAGCCUGUCCCUGCAAGCUGUCUGCCUGCAGGGCUUUCGCUGAAAUUGGUAGAAGUGCUCCUAUACCACACUGCUAGAGCGGGGCUUCAUCUGCGGCUUUGAAUUGAGCACAGCAAAUAAAAGUUAAAAAUUAUUAUUAUCCAAUACCUGUUGGAUGGGACGUAAGAAAGAACAUAUUGUCCUUCAUCCACAUUCAUCUUACACAAACUAGCCAGUGCUCAUAUUGGCGCUUUCAAGAGCAAGCCCACAGUACAGAGGAGUGAAACACUACCCUAUGGUUUCAUGAUCACUUUAAGCCGAUUUAACUGCAAGGUGCUGCCAAAAAAGGUAGACCAGCCCUUCCCCCUUGCCAGUCCUAAGUCCUCCUCCCUCUCCUGUGCUGGCUCAGGCACUCACACACUUCCAGCCCACGAGACGCUCACCAGGGCAGGAGAGGAGAAGACCUCCACGUGGGCAGGGAGACCCUGCCCCGUCUCCCAUAGGGAUAUUCCCUCUAAGCCUGGUUUGGUGCCCCAGGUGGCUGGGUGUUGGUGAGGGCACAUAUGGAGCACAUACAUAGGGCAAUCCUGACUCCAGAGCUGAUGAGUUAGCAGCGCACAGCACCAACGCACUCCUUUGGUUCUACUUUAAAGGAAAAAGUAAAAUAAAAGCUGUCUUGUGGCAGCAUGGAGGAAGGCACAAGAGUGCCUGUAUUUUAGCCUCCUCCCAACUACAGUUCUUCUUGAAACUUUUAUUUUUGAGGCCGAAAUAUUCAGUGUUUGGCCUUGGUACAAACAGAUCAUUUAAAAAAAAAAAAAAGCAGAAAGGAAAUGCUUCAACCUCCCAGCGGAGCAGGAUGGCACUUAUUUAUUUCUUUCAUUACAAAACCAGCCCGUGCCAAGUAAAAUUGUGCUCUAAGAGCUGUUCUACCAGUCCCGAAACACGUGCCAGCCCCACCUCUGCAGCCUCCCCUGUGCCCCUGCAGAUUUUCACUGGGUGGAGGAUGGGGAAAGGCUGGGAGCAGGUGACAAGAGUUUGCCAUGCUGGGGUUGUGCUGGCAGGAAAUCCCCAUACUCAAAGGCAUGUCCCCAGUGGCCUUUUGAUGGCUUUGGUGGCCUCAGGAUAAAGAGUAAAGCAAAAUGCAGCAGCAAUGACAUUCUGGAGGCAUUGGUGGGAUUCCUGGGUUUGCAGCUGUGUUAUCCAGCAGUUAACUGCGCCAUCCCUGAGCUGCGUCGAAGAUGCUCCUUGUCCCCACAUGAGCAGCUGAAUUAAUAAACUGAGAAAUUAAUUUGAAAGCUCUGGACUACCAAAAUAAAAGCCACAAGCACAAACCCUGUAUAAUGGGAAUGAUACAAAGAACAAAACUUCACCGUCACAUCAUUAAGGACUUACACAAGGGAGCAGUUAAAGCAUCCUUUGGUACCAAAAAGUUACUGCAACUGAGCAGUCACCAUUGCUAAAAGCUGGUGGGUCAAAGUGUGACCUCUGCAGCCCUGGUGGAGGUGCCUUGAUUUCACCACACACCACAGAGCUGCUUGUGCACAGGAAAAUGGGGCACCUCCAUCCUUGCUGAGCUGCUCUGCUUCUCGCAGGACCAAGGGAAGGGAGAAGUGGUGCUGUUGGAGGCAGCAGCUCUGACAAGCGCUUGGGCUUGGGGAAACAACUUGCUGGAUAAGAGGAAGCCUAUUGUGCACGCCAGGUUUUUCAGAGUAGAAAAGCCUUCCACACAACACUAACUUUGCACUUCUGGGAAUAUAUUUCCAACACCGUUCUCUCCUGACUUUUAAUGGUGUGUGGAAAUUCAGAAGUCUUUUAGUAGCUGAGUACCAACACAGCAACCAGCAAAUCAGAACAGCUUCUUUCUAGCUGGAUUGACUUCUGGCUUUAGUUCAACCCAUCCCAAAUCCAACCCAAACCCACCAUCAGCAGCAGCUCUAUACCUGGACCCUGCUACCAGCCUGAAGCAUCAGUGCCAGCAUUUGAAGGACAGCCUGUCCCUGAAGUCCCACUUUCACCCUCCUGCUCCCCCAGGCUGGCGUCCCUCCACCACCACAUCCCGCACAUUGCUUCAGAGGGAGCCCUCACAAUACCGGGCUCAGUGCCACACAAGGGGAGCACACCCAAAACCCAGCCCUUCUUGCACAGUCAAUUCUGCAGGAAGAGCUCUGCAGCUGCAAGACAGAGGAUUUUCUUUGCCCCACUUCACCAGUUCAUUGUCAAAAGGCUGAAGCCAGAAGUGACCUAUCCCCAGUGCAAAUGGCCAUGGAAGCCUCAGUGGGGACAUAUCCGACAUGGACCCUAUCUUUUGUAGGUGCAUCAUAAUGCGCGUCUUCCUCGCUUGCUGCCGCUCUCAGCUAUGAGGAAGCUUCUCCUCCCUGAAACUGUAAAGAUCAUGCAACAAAAUGUUCCCAGUCACCUGCCAGAGCAGCUGGCUGUCACACAGCCAAAGAACACUCAAGCAGUUGAACAAGAUUUGUUUUCUAGAGGAAAGCCUCAGCCCUACAGCACGCAAGUAGCCACUCAGAGGCAAGACUGCGCUACUGCGGGGACUCCCUGCAUCCCCCCCAGCAGUGCCAGUGGCUUUGUGCUAGCACAGGGCACGCAUGUCCCCACUGCAGCCCCUCGGUGCAUGGCUGAUGAUGGGCGAGGGCAGCUGCGGCAGUCUCAGCUUGCAAGCAGGGCAAAUGCAGACCACGUGGCUUUGCGAAGCUGGUUUGGGACCAGCACUGGCCAGAGGCUCCCAUCACUGGGGACAAAGGUGGGGAUAGCAUAGGUAGUUGCCAGAAGAGCAAGGCUAAGCUGCAGUUUUUCUUGGCCUGUGCAUGGCUUGGUUGGGUAUGGCUCUUCAAGCAACACGGGAGAAGCAAAUGAGCAGUGAGCAUCCCAUCUGCACUAUUCAGUGGGAUCAGACUUCAGUGUUCAUGUUCAGUCCUGUCUUCCAGGAAAGGCUAGAGAUGGGGGGGUUAGCCUUGCAGGCCAUGCUGCUCAAGACCCAGCCCACUCUUGCUUCUUUGAGCAAGGUGAUCUCCAGAGGUCCCUCCUGGCCUGCCUUAUUGUGGGAUUUGAUAAUCUUGAGGAAACUAUGUAGGUUUGUUCAAAGAGUCUCUGUUUAGCAGCACCCAGCCUUAGAUAAGUAAAACUAAGCCUCCAAACACCCUGGUCACCACCCUCAGUACAAAUUAGACCCUUUGGAAAACAUGAUUCUCAACUGCUCUGUUGUUUCUGGACUGAAGACUGCUCUCAUUUAUGGUAGCUUGAAAUGCUGAAGCCAAUGGUGCCUAUGGCCACACAAUGGUUGUUUUAGUAGGUUUUGUAUGAUGCUAUCCAACAGAAACACAGCAUUACCAGUGAAAGGGGACAGUACCUAUAGAUCCUAACAACAGGCAUGCUCUUCCACAUAGCCAUUCCUGCUGUGUGGAAUCAGGCAGUCUCCACCUGAAAAAAAAACAGGUUUUUAAAGUAAUUCCCCUUGGCUCCUUCAUUUAUUCUUCCCUCUCCCACUCUCCUCCUUUCCCACCUUCAUCAUGCCCUUGAGAAUAAUCCCCAGGAGAAAAAGCAUAGCUUCCUGGGAGCAAUACAGCAGCGUGGGGAAGAGGUUUCUCUGUAUUUCCUGCUCCAGGAGACUAAAGGAAUCCUCCGGUCUGCCUCAGACCUGGGGAGACCAAGCAAACCACUGCCUCCAUCCUGCUAUCCCUGCAGGUCCGAGAUGGCUUAGUGGCUUUUCAAUUACAGGGUGUGCCUUCCCGUACCGCU